GUCUCGCUGUAUAUAUUAGGACAGUGUCCGCGGCCUGGGGCUCCUCACCGACAAGGGCAACAGUCGGCUCGACUCCUCGGCUUGGGUGCCCGCCGCCGCCGCCGCCGCCAACACCGCCGUCUCCGCAGAGUUCCCGCAGCAGGAUCAGUGUACCUCUCGGAUAUGGAGACUGUUGUUCGCCGCUGUCCAUUCUUAUCCCGAGUGCCUCAGGCCUUUCUGCAGAAGGCAGGCAAAUCUCUGUUGUUCUAUGCCCAGAAUUGCCCUAAGAUGAUGGAAGCUGGGGCCAAGCCAGCCCCUCGGGCUCUGUCUACUUCUGCAGUGUGCUGCCAGCAGGUCAGAGAAACCCCUCCGGCCAAUGAGAAUGACAAAACUGCGAAAGCCGAGGUCCAGCAGGCCCCGAGUGCGUCCCAGCAGGCUCUAGAUGACACGCAGCUUCCCUCUGGACACUCCUCCCUUGCCACGAGCCAGGGUGCUGCAAGCAAGUGCCCUUUCCUGGCAGCCCAGAUGAGUCAGACGGGCAGCAACGUCUUCCGCAAAGCCAGCCUGGAGCUUCAGGAGGAUGUGCAGGAGAUGCACGCUGUGAGAAAAGAGGUUGCCCAAACCUCAGGGAACCCCAGUGUGAUCAGUGUAAAGGCCGACGAAGGGGAGCCGAGCGGAUUGCUGAAGAACUUGCAGGACAUCAUGCGAAAGCAAAGACCGGAAAGAGUGUCCCAUCUUCUUCAGGAUAACUUGCCAAAAUCUGUUUCCACUUUCCAGUAUGAUCGUUUUUUUGAGAAGAAAAUUGAUGAGAAAAAAAGUGACCAUACCUAUCGCGUUUUCAAAACUGUGAACCGGAGGGCCCACUUGUUCCCCAUGGCGGACGACUAUUCCGAGUCCCUCAUCACCAAGAAGCAGGUGUCCGUCUGGUGCAGCAAUGACUACCUAGGGAUGAGUCGCCACCCGCGGGUGUGUGGGGCAGUCAUGGACACUUUGAAACAGCAUGGUGCUGGAGCAGGUGGUACUAGAAAUAUUUCUGGAACUAGUAAAUUCCAUGUGGACCUGGAGCAGGAGCUGGCCGACCUCCAUGGAAAAGAUGCAGCACUCCUGUUCUCCUCAUGCUUUGUGGCCAACGACUCCACCCUCUUCACGCUGGCCAAGAUGAUGCCAGGCUGUGAGAUUUACUCUGACGCUGGGAACCACGCCUCCAUGAUCCAGGGGAUCCGGAACAGCCGCGUGCCGAAGUAUGUCUUCCGCCACAACAAUGUCGGCCACCUGCGAGAGCUGCUGCAGAGAUCGGACCCCGCCACCCCCAAGAUUGUCGCCUUUGAAACUGUUCACUCAAUGGACGGGGCGGUGUGUCCGCUGGAGGAGCUGUGUGAUGUGGCCCAUGAAUUUGGAGCCAUCACCUUCGUGGAUGAGGUUCACGCAGUGGGGCUGUACGGGGCCCGAGGCGGAGGGAUCGGUGAUCGAGAUGGAGUUAUGCCAAAAAUGGACAUCAUUUCUGGAACGCUUGGCAAAGCCUUUGGCUGCGUGGGCGGGUACAUCGCCAGCACGAGCGCGCUGAUCGACACCGUGCGGUCCUACGCGGCUGGCUUCAUCUUCACCACCUCGCUGCCACCCAUGCUGCUGGCGGGGGCCCUGGAGUCCGUGCGUGUGCUGAAGAGCGCCGAGGGCCAGGCACUGCGCCGCCAGCACCAGCGCAACGUCAAGCUCCUGAGGCAGAUGCUCAUGGACGCCGGCCUCCCGGUGGUGCACUGCCCCAGCCACAUCAUCCCCAUCCGGGUUGCAGAUGCUGCUAAAAACACCGAAGUUUGUGAUGAACUAAUGAGCAGACAUAACAUCUACGUCCAAGCCAUCAACUACCCGACGGUGCCCCGGGGGGAGGAGCUCCUGCGGAUAGCCCCCACCCCCCACCACACGCCACAGAUGAUGAGCUACUUCCUUGAGAAACUGCUGGCCACGUGGAAGCAAGUGGGACUAGACCUCAAGCCACAUUCCUCAGCUGAGUGCAACUUCUGCAGGAGGCCGCUGCAUUUUGAAGUGAUGAGUGAGAGGGAGAGAUCCUACUUUUGGGGCAUGAGCAAGCUGGUAUCUGCUCAGGCCUGAGUGUACCAUGACCCUGAUCACGCCACUUGACCCCAGGCCACGUCGUAUCCAGACAGCCUCCACAACCAUCUUUAUAUGUGAAUUAAAUUAUAUUAAAUUUUAAUCUACAGUAAAAGCAUAGUCCUGAAAAUAAAUUCUUGUUUCAGUGAU